AUGGAACAGGAGAUUGAUGCUUUGCAUAAAAAUGAUACGUGUGAGUUGGUGGAACUUCCACAUGGGAAAAAAGCAUUGAAGAAUAGAUGCGAUUUUGAUCAUUGUAUGUACUUCAAGGAUUCAACAUAUGAUUCUUUUAUUGUUUUGUUGCUUUAUGCUGAUGAUACGCUUAUUGCUAGUAAUGAUUUGAGUGAAAUCAAGUGUUUAAAGCUUGAUAUGUCCAAGCAUUUUGCCAUCAAGGAUCUUGGACCAACCAAAAAGAUUUUGGUCAUACACAUCCAUAGAGACAGAAAGCAAGAUGCAGAUUAUAUAGGAUGCCGUGAUACUAGAAGGUCUACCACUAGAUACAUUUUCAAUAUUGGUGGAGGUGCAAGUGCAAUUCAUCUGGCUAAGAAUGUAACUUAUCACUCCAAGACAAAGCAUAUAGAGGUUAGAUAUCAUUUUAUUAGGUUGGCCCUCAAACAUAGAGAUUUGCAGGUAGACAAGAUUCACACUGAGAAGAACCUUGCUGAUAUGUUGAUAAAGGUUGCCUCAAUUGAAAAGAAUAUGAUGUGUAAAAGACUUUCAGGGUUGAAGGAGAUAGUAUGGUGGGUUCCUCUAAGAAUAACCAGGUUAAUGGAAAAACAAGGAAUUAGAGGGCCACCAUAUAAAUUUCUCCAUGGGAACAACAAAGAAGUGUUGCAGAUGGCAAUGGAAUCUGCCAUGAAACCCAUGGAUUUCACUCAUGAUAUCUUGCCUAGGGUUCAGCCUCAUAUUUAUGCUUGGUCCAAAAUAUAUGGGAAUAGUUUCCUGAGCUGGGAUGGAACUAAACCCCAGCUUUUCAUUAGAGAUCCAGAGUUUAUGAGAGAGGUUCUCAACAACAAACAUGGAGACUAUCAAAAACCGGAUUUCCUUUCAGUCUCCAAACGGCUGUUUGGAGAUGGGCUUAUAGCUACAAGCGACGAGAAGAAAUGGGCUCACCAUCGGAAGCUUGCCAACAAGGCCUUCAAUGCUGAAUGCCUCAAAAGCAUGUUUCCUGAAAUGGUUAAGAGUGUUGAGGAAAUGAUGAAGAGAUGGAGAGAUAAUGAAGAGAAAGAGAUUGAAGUUUUCAAUGAAUUCCGGAUUCUCACAUUGGACGUGAUUUCCAGGACAGCUUUUGGAAGCAAUUACUUGGAAGGGAAAGAUAAGUUGGAAUUGUUGGAGAAGUUGGUUAAACUCGUUGCUUCAAAUAUUCGUAAAUUUCGCUUUCCGGGCACUGGAUUUUUCCGAACCAGAGACGAAGAGAGGGCCGAUGAAAUAGAUCAAGAAAUCACAACAAUGCUUACGAAAAUGAUGAUUGCUAGAGAAGAGAAGGUGAAGAAUGGUGAAUGUGAUGGUUAUGGGAAAGAUUUCCUUGGGAUGAUGUUAGAAUCCAACCAUGAUACACAAGUUGGUGUUAAGUAUUCCUCGCAAGAUAUCCUGGAUGAAUGCAAGACUUUCUAUUUUGCUGGUCAUGACACCACCAGUGGGCUACUCACCUGGACAGUCGUACUCUUGGCCAUGCACCCAGAGUGGCAAGACAAGGUGAGGAAAGAGGUCAUAGAGGCCUUCGGUUCCGACACACCUACCAUUGAUGGAGUUAACCGGCUUAAAAUUAUGAACAUGAUCAUUCACGAGUCAUUGAGGCUUUACCCACCAGCUGUUUUUAUAGUCAGAAAAUUGAAGAGAACGACAAGGUUUGGCGAACUCAUCAUACCAUCAGGAAUCGAGAUCGUGCUCUCGCCAAUAGCAGUUCACCAUGAUCCAGGGCAAUGGGGAAACGAUGUGAACCUUUUCAAACCCGAACGCUUUUUACAAGGACCGGUAAAUGCAGCAAAGAGUCCAAUGGCUUUCUUACCAUUUGGUUAUGGCCCUCGCAAUUGUGCAGGCCUGAAUUUCGCCAAUCUGGAGGCCAAAUUGGCUCUCUCAAUGAUCCUUCCACGCUAUGCUUUCAUGCCCUCACCUUCUUACCGGCAUGCUCCUAUAAUGAGGCUUACCUUGGGUCCACAACAUGGAGUUCCGAUCAUCAUUAAUCCUUUGCAAUGA